AUAUGCUGUUUGAUCGAUAAGUUGAUGUUGGAUUUACGUAACAUUUUCAAAGGUGUCAGGUACAAUACACAAGUCAUGGCUGACCCUGCGGUACCAAACCGAAAGCCGGAAGCAAAACGCCGUGCAUAGAAAUCCACCGUCAGGCACGAAGCGUUAAAAUUGACACCUUUGGCUGGAUGCCAAGCAGGGGGCGGUGCAGCCGUCCCCUCCUGCGGGUAUCCAGUUAUAUUGACCGUCAAGGAUUUAUACCUUUGGCUGGGUACCAAGCAGGGGGGCGGCGCAGCCGCCACACCUGCGGGUAUCCAGUUAUAUUGACCGUCAAGGAUUGAUACCUUUGGCUGGGUACCAAGCAGGGGGGCGGCGCAGCCGCCACACCUGCGGGUAUCCAGCUUUAUUGACCGUCAAGGAUAGACAGUCCCGCAAGGCCAGCCUGGGCAGGCGCGAAGCGCCUGUACCGGGCUGGUUAUUAUUAUUAUUCAAUCUAAAAAUUACAAAUAUAUGUCACGACAUUUAUGAAGAGAGUCGUGGAUAAGAAAAACAACGUGGUGUGGAAAAAACGUGUCACUUGAGUCUUGGUAGUUAAAGCGAACGUGUCUCUUGUAAAAUAUUAAAUUUUGAUAAAUUUGAAAUAAAACCGAAAUAGUUUUUAUUUUUAGUUUUUUUCACUUUCAACAAUAUCUUGAAUAUCGGCAGCUGGAAGAAAAUUUUUCAACUAUUGUCAAUCAUUAUCAUUUUUGUGAGAAGAACAUUCCUAAUUGUAAAGAACAACUUGAUAAAUAUACUGAUACAUCUAUUGAUAUAUAUACAAAUCCAUUUUGGAAAAUUCUUCAAAAUUGUAUACAUGAAAAAGAUCGUCUAAAACAUAAAAUGGAACAAACCAAAGAAAUGAUGAAACAAACUAGAAGUUUAUUACAGAUGGAUGAAUUGAAAUGUCAUAAACGUGUACUACGUCGUUUAGGUUAUUGUUUAUCAUUCCAAAUCAACAUUAUGUCCACACAUAUGGCUGCCGUUACUUUUGUACAUUCAAUUGGUGAUUUUCGACCCAAUAAAUUUUCAUCACUACUCGAAUAACAUUGCAAAGACCAUUGAAUAUUUCUAUAAUUUGUUUAUAAUAUUAACUUGUUUAAAACAUGUUUUUUUUCUUUAUAUAUAUGUCAAAUCAAAAACAAUUCGGUUUUAUUUCAAUUUAUCAAAUUUUUACGAAGACACGUUUACUUCAACUGCCAAGACACCAGUGACGCAUUUUUUCCACUCCAUCACGUUGUUCUACUCAUACACGGCCCUCUUCAUAAAUGCCGUGACAUAUAUAUAAUAAAUAAUUGUUAACACAUAUAUGUACAAAAAUAAAAAAAAAUUACAAAAAAAAACGAAAUUUUUGUGAUUGUUAUUUCAUCAUUUUUGUCCUGCUAUUUAUAUCUGUUUGCCUGUCUGCUUAUCUAUCUGGUUCAAUAUUUUUUUCUAGUGUUCAAUAUUUUCUGUGGAAAAAAAUCAAUAAAAAUAAAAGUAUUUUCAAUUGGAAUUUCAUACAAAAAAAUUUUUUCCCCACAAAAAAACCUCACUAAUGAACUGAUCCAUUAUACCAAAUAAUGUUCGGAAGAUAGUGGUACAGGAGAAUGUUGAUAAUUUUAUAACAACCUCUACUAUUAUUUCACACACACCAACGUUUGAAUUGAAAUCAAUGUUUUGGCGAUAUAUUCAAAGAUUUUAUUAAAAUUCAAUUGUUACAUCAUCGAAAACUGUUUGCUGCAUAUCAUUUUGAUUGUAUAACACAUAUAUCUAUCUCUUUAUGUCUUUUUUAUUAUAUUAUCAUUGUAAUAAUUACGAUGUCAACUAAUUUCAAACGUAAAUUUUAUCAUGAAUCGCAAAAUGAAACGUCAAUCGACGAUAAAAAACAAAUAAAAAAUUGGAGUCUACCCGAAAAAAUAAUACAUUAUUAUGGCCAAAUGGGUAUAAAUCGAUUUUUUGAUUGGCAAGUGGAAUGCCUUGAAUUACCCGGUGUACUGGAUGAUCAAAAAAAUCUUGUAUAUUCUGCGCCAACCAGUGCCGAAAAAACAAUGGUUGCCGAUAUUCUUUUGUUCAAAACAUUAUUGGAAAGGCGUAAAAAAGCCAUUAUCGUUUUGCCAUUUGUUUCGUUAUCAUUAGAAAAAGUGGAAAAUUUAAAACCGCUAUUCAAUCAAGUUGGUAUACGAAUAGAUUGCUUUGCUGGACAAACAAAUCCUCUUGGUGGUAUACAAGAAGUCGAUGUAGCUGUUUGUACUAUCGAAAAAGCAAACAAUAUGAUCAACCGAUUGAUUGAAGAAAGAGAAAUGUAUCGUAUCGGGCUUGUUAUUGUUGAUGAAUUACAUAUGAUCGGUGAUACAUCAAGAGGCUAUAUUCUCGAAUUAAUGUUAUCAAAAUUGAUUUAUAUGAAAUUAAAUGUCGAUCUUCGUCAAUUACAAAUUAUCGGCAUGUCAGCAAUAAUACCGAAUCUUAAUGAUAUCGCCAAAUGGUUGGAUGCUGAAUUAUUUGUUACCGAUUAUCGACCAGUACCGUUAAAUGAACAUGUUGUUGACAAUAAAAUUAUCAAAAUUUCGACAAAUUCAAUUCAAUCACCAUACACACAGUUUGAUUCAUUAGCAUCGACAGUUGUUUCAAGUGGUGGUCCGAGUAAUAAUGACAACAAUGGAAAAAUCGAAUGUAUACCGAUAAAGACAAUUGAUUGUAAUCUAUUAAAAUUAAAUACAACCUUUUCCAAAUCGUUGAUUUACAUGGCCAUUGAAACAUUGGUUCAAGGUUUUUCUACAUUAAUUUUCUGUCCAACUCGUUCAAUGUGUGAAUCAAUGGCUAACAGUAUUGCUGCCAACAUAUUCAACAUUGGCCAGAAAGAUCAUGUUCCACAGAAUGAUCUCUAACGUAAUAUUCGACAAAGUAUUCAUUCUGAUAAUAUCCUAUCAUAUGAACGAAUUGUUUCGCUCAUCAACACAUUGAAACGUUCAUCUUCUGGUUUUGAUCAAAAUCUUGAACGUGUAUUGAAAUUUGGUUGUGCAUUCCAUCAUGCCGGUAUGACAAUGGAAGAACGUGGCAUAGUUGAACAAGGUUUUCGUGAUGCUCCCUUGAAGAUACUUUGUUGUACAACCACACUUUCAACCGGUGUAAAUUUACCAGCACGACGUGUGAUGAUCAUAUCACCAUACGAUUAUUCCAGUAAACUAUUGCCCGUUGGUAUUUAUCGUCAAAUGAUUGGCCGUGCUGGACGUAAGGGAAUCGAUACAAUGGGCGAAAGUUAUCUUUUCUGUACGGACAAAGAUAUCAAUAUGGCUCGUCGACUUAUUACGACCAAAAUGCCAUCAAUUAAAUCCAAUUUAAUUACGAUACAAAAAUUGAAAAAUAACAAACCAUCUGCAACAACAACAACUAGUGUUGGACAACAAAUUCCAACUACAUCUAAUAAACAAUGGGAACCUGUAGUUAAUGAUCCAAUUUUACGUGCUGUUCUUGAAGUGAUUGCAAAUGAAAUGGUCAAAAAUAUCGAUGAUAUUCAUGUUUAUCUUGGCCGUACUUUUUUUUGUAAUUGUCCAUUAAAUUUAUUGUUGGCAUCUGAAGAACAGCAAUCAUCACAAACAAAUAUGGAAGAAUUAAGAAUGGAAAAGGUUGAAAUCAUUAAUGAAUGUAUACGUAUGGCAUUGGAUAAAUUAAAAACUUAUGAAUUUAUCUCUAUUGAUUCAUCUGAAGAAGCGAAUAACAGUAGUGAAACAAAAUCGGUUGAUUCAUCAUCACCAAUUAAUGUAACUGAACUUGGUCGAGCUGUAAUAAGUUCAGGUGUAUCACCAUCGGAUGGCCAAUUCAUCUAUGAAGAAUUGAAAUGUUUCCGAUCAAAUCUAUCGUCACCGUUGCCUGACUUAUAUAUGGUAUAUCUUCUGUAUGCCAGGCAAAUGAUGAUUGCCACAUGCCAAUAACGUAUUGACACCCAUAAUUUUGAUACCAUAACUAUCGUUGAUAAGAUCCAAGAUUGUAUUCGAAUUAUUGAUAUUAAAUUCCUUGCAAUCACUAUCUGUUAAUGAUGAUCCAGGAACAUCAACACCAUAAAUUGCCGAAUUAUAGGCAAUUACAGCCAGAAUAUGAAAAUGAAAAUUCCCAAUGGAUGAGAAAAAAAGACAACGUACGAAUUUACCAAAAAAAUACG